AUGGACGGACAGUCAGUCGUGGAGCCGAGAAGGCAAGAGCAUCAGAUGGAUCUCGAAAGGGAACCUGCAGAGGAUGAGUGGAAGAGCUGGCAGAGGGGCCAGCUGAGGAGGAACACACUGCACCUCGUGUCUGCUGCUGCUCAGUGGAUAUUACUGUUCGCCUGCUUGAUCUACCUUGGUAUAGAUGCUCUGCAACUCUCAACGUCUCAGAGCGACGAAGUCCCGUGGACCUACAUCCAGUACACAGGUGAAAGUGUCGAAGGAACUGCCAUGAAUCUCAGUGCUGAGACAGGCUCUAUUCAUAUCAGAAAUGGUUCCCUCAUGAUCACGUGCGAUGGCCUCUACCUAGUGUCCUUGAAGGGUCUUAUCAGUUUUCCUGAUCUGGAGAGAAACGACUCACUGAAGCUGAUACUGGGGAAGAAAGAUAACAAAACCAGCAAGACCCUCUGGGAGCAAACUCUCGAGGACAAUGGCAAGACAGUAGAUCUCAUCACGAUGCUGUACUUGUUUGCUCAAGAUAACGUUGCCCUGUGGACCAACACAAAUGCUACUGUCAAGGGUUUGUCAUUUAGCCUUGUGUUACUAAGUCCCAUCUUCUACUGCUUGCUGUAGAAGAUGACAUGUUAAAAAUGUAACGUGUAAAGUAAGGCCUUUCCUACCAACACCAAACUAGAGCCAGCUACCAAUACAUCCAUUUGUGGGAGGCUUGUUCUUACAAGCUGUGCUUGUACUGGAAGACCACUCUAACCUCCUGCCUUGGGGCUAUGGAAAGUCUCAGAUGGGGUGAGAUAAAUCACAGUGCAAAUGGGCUUUAUAUAGUGCAUGCCAUGUUUAUCUCUUUGGAGCUCUACGCACCUAUUUUGCUGUCUCGGAUGGAUCUUCCUAACACUGGAGAAAACACUGGAUGCAAGGAGCCCUUGAGGAGAACAAAAACAAAAGCCAAAGUCACUCAGCUUUGCUCAGAUUCAGAGAAGCCCUGUGUUUCUCUAUUUAUUUGACAGUAUCUGUAUAUAGUAAAAAUGUGCUGUAUAUUCGCUAAAAUAAAAGUCUGUUAACUCAGGAAGAUACCUCAAGUGUCUUGAAGCCAUUUGGAGAAUGAAGAGAACAGAUCCGCUAAACAGCGCAAGGCAGAAGAAAGUGAGGGGGCAGCAAGAAACUUCUUUUGGACUGAUUCUGGUAAAUGCUGUCUGACAGGUAAAGGCAAUGAAAGACAGACAGCAUUUGGAAAGGAGAUAACAAGACUGCACUGGACAGCAGAAUUACUGGCCUUUCAAUGACUAUGGAGUUUUUAGGAGCAAACUUAGAUGAAAAGAACUGGCUGUUCUAGCUGGUUGCAGACUGCUGAAGCCUGAGCCAAGGGGACAUCUGUUGGGGCGUUUACAUCUUGACACCAGCUCUCAGAGGCGUUAAGCUGACAGGGAAGCCCCCUCAAGCAUGCACACCCAGACUCAGAAUUGGCUUGACUCAAAAAUAAGAUCCAGGCACGUAAAGUGUGGAAAAACACAAAGACUCUGGUUUUGGUGGGUUCUCUGUAAUGGACCAAGUGCGACCUCCAGGUCUACACCUCCUUUCUGCUGGGAUGGUUCAGAUAAGUUCUAUGAGCCUCCUAGAAGACUUAGCCAAACACGCGCAUCCCGGAGAGCUUCACGGGCCUGACCUCCAUGAUGUGCCUGUGCGCCCGUACGCAACCUGCCCUUGCUCCCAUUGCAGUCAAGAGACAGACAGCUCUCGAUGGCUCGUGGCUGCGCGUCCCUCUUCUCUUUACAGCUUGCGGCUGCUGAGGAUGAGGACUGCCUUUCCCAGGCUGAUGGCAACACGUGAUCUGAGCACACAGGAACCUACCAUGGACACAAACCCUCCUUAUUUUGGGCUUGCUGUGGGGAGCAGAGCUGCUGAUGCCAAGGGGCUUCGGUCUCGGCUGGGGCCAGGAGCUGCAGUUCACACUGCCCUGGUUGAGAGGAGUUGCUCUCCCCAGAGAGACAGCUUGCUUGGUGGCAUGUACAGCCAACGACUGUCACAUCUUCAGUUGAAGAGGGGCAGAUUUCAAGGACAGAUUGACAACCUUGCUCCCAAUGAACUCCAGCAGCAUUUCAGCAUCUCACUGCUGACUGUACACUCCAAAGUGGUUGUUAAAAGUAUUUAUGUAUUUAUACUAUAGGCGUAAGAACAUUAUUUGACAUUUCUUAGAAACACUGGGAAGGCUUCAGACUUCAGGUUGUCAGUACUAAGCUCUUUGCAGAUGCUCUCAAGUUCCUGGAGGUUUCCUGUCACACGGUAGCAGGUGGCAGGCACCAUGCUGCUGCCCACCUCGGCUCCCCAGCUCCUCGCCAAGCGCACCACAGGGCUCAGGUGCCAAAGGGAGCUUAGGAAACCUUCCAGACUUUGGGGAGUUUUUCCAUGUGCUUUCCACUGUUGUUGGCAGGUUUGAUGCACCUCCCUCCCCAGAGGCUUGCGGGAAGCCUCCAUGCUGAAGCUGUUAUUCGUUCGGUGCUGGGAAGCAGCUUUUUCCUAUCUUGGGACUGAAAAGCCCUGGGCUGACUUGUACCUCCGGGAGCUGCUGCCUAGCUGCAACCACUGGCUACCCGACUGCUACUCUGCCUGCUACCGAGACCAAAAGCAGCUGCCACCCUGACCCAAAGCUGUGCGCUGUCCUGCAGUUUGGCUGAAAUAAGAAUGUUUUCUUUCCUAAAAG